AUGGAAGAUGCUGAUGUAACCAAGACUGAGUCAAAAGUUUCGUUAACCAGCGGGCUUUACGAGCUGGACGGCGAAAAUGACGGGAAAGCAUUUACACAAAAUGAAUAUGUAUAUGCGGAGGAAGAAGAGACAGAAACUUCACGAAGCUGUGAGUAUGCAUUCAAGUGUCUUAAAGUACUAUUCCCGGACAAGUAUCCUCUUUCGUGGUUCAUUAUUCACCUAAUUCUGAUAACCACCUACUUUAUAUUUAACUGUAACAGUCCGAACAAGGAUACAACGCACAAGGUCCUGGGAGAUGAGAUUACUCUGGGUGCCUUUGUGCCAAUGUUGUUUAUUUUUUCGGUGAACCUUCUAUUGCACAUUAUAUGGAUGCUCUUAAGGUGUGUUGUAAUGUAUAUUUUCACCUUUUCUAGGUACGUAUUAGUGAACGGGCUACUAAAGAAAAUCUGCUCCAAUACUGCACUUUCCUUUGCGCUAUUAAAUGUGUUGGAUCCUUCACUCUCGUAUGUCAUUUUUGCCGUAUUACAGUCUGUUUUAUGGCAAAUUCUCAUAAGAAGAGAUGUUAACAACGCCGAUAUCCUCUACAUUAAUAUGUAUGCAGAUAAUGCCAAAAAUAAGUUUCUGUCAUUCAAAGACAGCUCAAUUCACUGGGUUUCCUAUGGCAUUUAUGUCUACGUCAUUUUAUCUUUGAGGUGUAUGGUCCUCUCCAUCGUAACAUUUCUUUUUGAACUGCGAUUCUUAAUGAGUACCAAUGAUAGCAUGACAAAGUACCUCCAAUGCUAUGCAAAAUUGAGAAGAUUCAAUAUUUGUUGGCUAUCAUAUGCCAUGACAAAACCCGAUCUCAUGAAUGAAAUACAGGAUUUGUAUAAAAUAUCUAGCUUUCAACUAAUUGUGAGCAAAUUGUAUAAUAAAGUUAAGAAAAGUGUAAAAAGAUCUCAGGAUACUCAGUUAGGGAUAUUUAAGAAUUCUUAUGUAUCUUCUGGACACUUCAAAAAAACAGCUAGAGCCUUAGAUAUGCCUACUGAACUCACCGAUUCUCUGAUACACAAUUCGUCAAAUUCAGGGCUGCGAAACUGGAUGUUGGCUCAUUGCGUUUCUAACAAGUCACCAACCGUAUCAUUAUUGCACCAAGAUAUUAUUUUGAAGAACGAGGAAAUGAUUGAGAAAGUUUCUGAACAAAUGUUUGAUCAGAUUUAUGGAACAACAAACGAUUACUAUAAAGCUGAUAGAAUGGACAAAGAAACUAUGGAUCGUAACUAUUCAGUGCUAGUAAAUUCUAGUCCACUACCGGAGGAUACGGAAAUUGUUCGUGGGAACACAAACAAGAACUUGGAACAGACUAAGCAGCCAAAAAUUGAUAGUAAGUUAUCAGCACAAGAGGAUGAUCCAAAAAUUAACAUUGAUGAAUCAGAAUCAUCUGAUUAUCAGUCAAAAGACUCUAAUUCUGGCUCUUCAGUUAAAGAGGAAACCAACGGACAACCAGUACACACUUUAAGUCAGAUUAGGGAAAGUAUUUCUCCUGCAGCUAUAAUUCAUGCUAACUUGGCGAAAAAGAAUACUAUCGCAAUAAAUGUUGAUUAUAUCUCUAGGCCAGAUUUUAAAUUUGAGAAAGGAUAUGAUAGAAACGAACUCUUUAUAGGAAAAGAGCGUUUAUCGCUAUUCAUACCUCCAGAUUCUAUUGAUGAAACUAUGAACUGGAUAGAUAUUUCUGGGCACGGUAAAAUUAAUUGUAAGAUGCUCAAACAAGCUUUAAUGAAUGUAUAUACCCACAGGAAGAAAUUCACUAGGAAUAUAAAGGGACAACAAAGUGUAUUUAAAGUUAUUAGGCGCCUACUUUCGACCUUUUCGUGGAUAUUAUCAACGGUCGUGCUAGCAUUCAUGGCGGGAGUUACACUAGAGGCUAUUGUGGUUUCAGGUGCUGCAUUUUUGUCUGCACUAACCGUAUCUCUAAGCUACAUGUAUACCAACUUUAUAGCUUCCAUAAUUUUUGUGGCAUUCUCCAACCCUUACAAUGUUGGUGAUCGUAUUAGACUGGAAGACGGCGAGCCGCUGACCGUGAAAAGAAUCAGAACAUACACAACUGAGUUCUCUUCAAUCACUGGAAAGGUUUUUAUUCUUCAAAACUCCCUACUCUCUGGAAUGAAGAUAACAAACGAGAGCAGAACGACUAAGGCUACACUAGAGAUCCGCCUUAAAAUGAGCUACAACACAACAGAUGCUGAGAUGGAAGAAUUCGUAGUUCGCAUUAAAAAGUUUAUAAAUGCCAGACCAAAUGACUUUGUGAAGGAUAGUGCAGCUCUUAUAGCGUACGAGUUCAACCCUGGCUAUUGUUAUACAAUGGGCUUGUGGUUGAGUUGCGUAGAAUCCUGGGGAAAUUGGAGGCGAAUAUACCAGUUACAUACCGAACUUCUGCAGGUAAUCGUCCGAGUAUGCAAGGAAUGUGGAAUAACCUAUCAUUUGCCUGUGCAACCCUUACAUUUCAAGGAUUCGUUGCCUAUCGCAGGCCAUAAUAAGCCAAUAUAA